CACAGCAUAUUGAGGAAGAAAAUGUCCAACCAAACCGCCGUGACCGAAUUCCUUCUCCUGGGAUUCUCUGAUGUUCGGGAACUGCAGAUUUUACACUUUGUAGUGUUUCUAGCGCUUUACCUUUUAUCGCUGGUUGGGAAUCUUCUCAUCUUCAUAGCCAUAGCGCUCAACCACCAACUUCACACCCCCAUGUACUUCUUCCUGAUGAAUCUGUCCAUCCUAGACCUUGGCUCCAUCUCUGUCACUGUCCCCAAAUCCAUGGCCAAUUCCCUCAUGAACACCAGAUCGAUUUCAUAUUCUGCAUGUGUUGCCCAAGUCUUUCUCUUUGCCUUCUUUGCUUCAGCGGAUUUUGCCAUACUGACCGUCAUGGCGUACGACCGAUAUGUCGCCAUCUGCCAACCACUGCACUAUGAGACAGUGAUGAACAGAAGAGCUUGUGUCCAAAUGGCCGCCAGUGCCUGGAUCAGUGUUUUUCUCUACUCUGCAGUGCACACUGGAAACACGUUUGCAAUAUCCUUCUGUGGAGGCAACAUGGUGGAUCAGUUCUUCUGUGAAAUCCCCCAGCUCCUCAAGCUCGCCUGCUCUGACUCAGACCUCAGUGAAGUCGGGAUUCUCGUCUUUAGUGUGUGCUUAACCUCAAGCUGCUUUGUUUUCAUAAUUGUGUCAUAUGUUCAGAUCUUCACCAUAGUGGUGAGAAUCCCCUCUGAGCAGGGCCGGCAUAAAGCCUUCUCCACCUGCCUCCCUCACCUCAUUGUGGUCUCAUUGUUUAUUUGCACAGGGACCUUUGCCUACUUGAAACUCACCUUCAGCUCAACUUCAGGUCUGGAUCUAGUGGUGGAUGUUCUCUAUUCUGUGUUGCCACCAAUGAUGAAUCCGAUCAUCUACAGCAUGAGAAACAAGGAGCUCAAAGGUGCACUGAGUAAACUGAUAGGUCAGAGGUUAUUCUCUAAGAAUAAAAUGUCCAUAUUUCUCCUUCAGUAA